GGGACAUCCGGGCGGUUGGCGCCAGGUGGGGAACAGCGAAGUGAAAGUGGAUCGCGGCGCCGAGCCGGGACGUCCCUGGCAGGAUGAGUUCCCAGAAGCCUUUGCUGUGUCCGUGGCUCAUCACGCAAGUAGAUAGCGGCCAGUACCCCGGCCUCUGCUGGGUAAAUAAAGAGAAGAGACAGUUCAGGAUUCCUUGGAAACACUGCUUGAGACAGAACAUCUCCUCGGAUGAUGUCAAGAUAUUUGAGGCUUGGGCAAUAGCCAGUGGCCGGUACAGAGUAGGAAUCGAUGCUCCAAAUCCCCCUGUGUGGAAGAGAAACUUCCGAAGUGCUUUAGCACGAAAGAAGCAUUUCCGUAGAGUGCAGGACAACAGGAGUGAUCCCCUCGACCCCCACUUGAUCUACGAGAUCCAUAACUCCGACCUGGAAUCCGAUGCCAGCAGCAAUGAGGAGGAAGAGGUGAAGCUCCCUGUCGCGGAUGUCAACCAUGUGUCCCUACCUGCACCUCCUAACACGGCAACUCUGGAGAGCAGUCUGAGUGGUCUGAGGAUUUUCAGCCAAAUACCAGGACCCAGUAAUCAAGUGCCUCUGGAUGACGCGGGGCUGGCGCUGAAUAUCCCCAGCUAUUCUCCAUUCCAAGCUAUGCCUCCAGCUAGUCAGAGCCAAGCAAACCCAACCCCUCUGCCUGACCUUGGCGCGGCGGCAGACGGCGCUUGGGCAACGCCGACCCUGGACGUAAACCCCAGUGCCAUGAUUCCGAGCACGACCGAGUUCAAAGCACAGAUGAAGGAGUAUUUUCCGGACCGGGUGCUCGUGACGGACUUUGAAGUCUCGAUCUACUAUCGCGGCAGAAAGGUCCAGAAGGAAAUAGUGAGGAACCCCAACGGCUUCCGUCUUUCCUACUCCUCGCAGUCCUCCUUCCCCUACCUGCAGGACGUCUGGUUCCCAGAUCCCACCUCGACGCCGCUGAGUGACCAGCGGCAGAUCAAGUACACCAACAAACUGCUGGAGCGAGUUGGCCAGGGACUGACGCUGGAGGUACAGCAGAACCAGAUUUACGUCCAGCGCUACGGCAGCUGUAAGGUCUUCUGGUCAGUGGGUCAAGACCCCACCAGUUGCGAGCCUCAGGAAAUUUCGAGCAGGAGCUUCACUGUCCUCCAUGGCCUGGCGAAAUUCAGCAAAGAGCUCCAUGACUUUGUGAACUCCACCGGCGGCUCUCCGCAGUACACGAUUUGGUUGUGCUUUGGAGAGCUUUGGCCUGAUCCCGAUGGUAGGCCCUGGAACAAGAAGAUGAUCAUGGUCCGGGUGGUCCCUGUAUCCUUCCAGCUGCUGCACGAGUUGGCUCUCGGAAUUGGAGCCUCGUCUCUGAGGAGCGAUGAAAUGAACCUGCAGUUCUCCAACCAGCUUUGCACCAGCAGCUUUUUAUCGGUACUGGAGGAGUACAUGGACCUGGACUAGACGGGCCCUGUCGUCCGGGGAGCGGCACGGGAGCCUCAUCCGAAACUCAAGUCCCGCCUGGAUUAACAAAGUAAACCUUGAGAAAACUGUAGUCAGCACUUCAGGUGUCACAGGAGAAAGGAUCUUAAAGCUUCUGGCACUUUGGCUAUCAGAAUAUUCAGUACGGGAGUUAGGAAAUUCAAUUGGUGAGGCUUAGUUGGGAGUAUUGUGUGCAGUUCUGGUUGUUUACCUACAGGAGAGACCAGAGUGAGAAUCAGGUUUAAUAUCACUGAAAUUUGUUGUUAUGUGGCACCAGUACAAUGUAAUACAUAAUAACAAAACCUGUAAAUUACAGUCAGUAUAUAUAUAUUUUUUAUAAAGUUAAGUAAGUAAGGCAAAAAAAAAGCAUUGAGAAACUGUUCAUGGGUUCAAUGUUCACUCAGAAAUCUGAUGGAAGAGGAGAUUUCUGAAUCAUGAGGCUCCUGUGCCUCCUUCCUGAUGGUAGCAAUGAGAAGAGGGUAUGCCCUGGCUGAUGGGGGUCCUUAAUGAUGGACGCUGCCUUUUUGAGUCAUUACUCUUCGAAGAUAUCCCCUGGAUGCUGGGGAGGCUGGUCCCCAUGAUGGAGCUGACUGAGUUCACAACUUUCUGCAGCUUAUUUCGAUCCACCCACCGUGCAUGAUGGUGAUGCAGCCAGUCUGAAUGUUUUCCACGGUACAUUUGUAGAAAUUUGCGAGUGUCUUCGGUGUCAAACCAAAUCUCCUCAAACUCCUAAUGAAACAGAGCCGCUGUCUUUGUAACUGCAUCAAUAUGUCGGGCCCAGGACAGAUCCUCAGAGAUGUUGACGCCCAGGAACUUGAAACUGCUCGCUCUUUCCACUUCUGGUCCCUCGAUGAGGACUGAUGUGUGCUCCCUUGUCUUAUUCUUCCUGAAGGCCAUAGUCAAUUCUUUGGUCUUACUGACGUUGAGUGCGAGAUUGGUGUUGCGACACCACUCAACCAGCUGAUCUGUCUCGCUCCUGUACGCCACCUGAAAUUCUGCCAACAGUAGUUGUGUUGUCUGCAGAUUUGUAGAUGGCAUUCGAGCUUUGCCUAGUCACUCAGUCAUGGGUGUAGAGGGAGUAGAACAGUGGGCUGAGCACACAUCCUUGAGGUGUGCCAGCGUUGACCGCCAGCGAGACGGUGAUGUUAAUUACCGAUCCGCACAGAUUGUGGUCUUCCGGCUAGGAAGUCAAAGAUCCUGUUGCAGAGGCCCAGGUUUUAGAACUUUUUGAUCAGAACUGUAGGAAUGAUUGUGUUAAACGCUGAGAUGUGGUCAAUAAACAGCAUCCUGACAUGGGUAUUGUAUUGUCCAGGUGACCCAAGGCCUUGUGAAGAGCUGCUGAGACCACAUCCGCUGUAGACCUAUUGUGGCGAUAGGAAAAUUGCGGUGGUCCAGGUUCUUGCUGAGGCAGGAGUUGAUUCUGGCCAUGACCAACCUUUCAAGGCAUUUCACCGCCGUAGAUGUGAGUGCUAUUGAAUGAUAGUCAUUAAGGCAGCUCACCCUAUUCUUCUUGGGCACUGGUAUAAUUGUUGCUCUUUUGAAGCAGUUGGGAACUUCUGACUGCAGCAAUAAGAGAUUGAAAAUGUCUUUGAGCACCUCCUGCCAGUUAGUUGUCCCAGGUUUUCAGCAUCCUACCAGGUACACUAUCGGGGCCAGUUGCCUUGGGAGGAUUCAGCCUUCUGAAAGAAAGCCUGACGUCGGCCUCUGGGACAGAGAUCACAGGUUCACCAGAUGCUGCAGGGAUCCUCAUAGCUGUCGUUUUAUUCUCCCUUUCAAAGCGAGCAAGCUCGUCUGGGAGUGACGCAUCACAGCCAUUCGUGGUGUUAGGGUUUCACUCUGUAGGCGGUAAUGGCCUGUGAACCCUGCCGCAGUUGAUGUGCAUCCGAUGUCGCCCCCAACCCUUUCGGAAUUGUUCUUUUGCUCUUGAGGUGGCCCUCCGUGAGUCAUACCUGGCCUUCUUGUACAGUCCUGGAUCUCCAGACUUGAAAGCCACAGACCUAGCUCUCAGCAGACCAUGAAUCUCCUGGUUCAUCCAUGGCACUUGACUCAGGUAUGUCUGAUAUGUUCCCGUAGGCACACACUCAUCCACACAGGUUCUAUCGAAAUCAGUGAUGGGGAAGGCAUCAGGAUGUGCUGUUUCCAGCCUGUUGAUUACACUGCUCAGGUCGUCUGGAGCCCGUUUGACACGGGCCUGAGGUCGAAUAUACACUGCUAACAACAUGAUGGCUGGAAACUUCCACGUCAGAUAAAAUGAUUGCUAGAGGUUCCAGGUUGAGUGAGCAGAACCACCACGUUUGUGCACCAGGAGGAGUUAAUCAUAAAGCGUACUCCACCUCCUCUGCCUUCAAAAGAGUCAGCAGUCCUAUCUUGGUCGUGAAGCCAGCAACCUGUAUGGCUGCGUCCAGAAUGACGGGGGAUAGCCAAGUCUCCGUGAAACAAAAAACACAACAGCCUCUGAUAACCCCCAGGUACAGCAAUCUUGCUGUGACGUCUUCAGUUUUAUCUUCCAGAGACUGUACAUCUGCCAGCAGAACGGACGGAGGUGGAAUUUGGAACCCUCAUCAUCUUAAAUCCAGCACAGCAUCCUCUCUUCCACUGUCUUAAAGGGGAACUGCACUUGCAACUGGAGACUACUGUCUGAGAUUUGUCGACUUUUGAGUAGUGAUAGAGUUUUUAAAUACCUUAAAGUGAUGUUGCUUACUGCAUUGUCCAUGGCUGUAGCUGUGUCAAUCUAAAACAGGAAUAUGUGAUGAUUUCCAUUGAAGCUGCUUGCACGAGUCACCACCAGAAGAUAGCAAUAAGGUUAAAAGAGUACAGAGAAAAUUUACAAGGAUGUUGCCUGGACUUGAGAACCUGAAUUAUAGGGAAAGGUUGAAUUGGUUAGGGCAUUAUUCCCUGGAGUGUAGGGGAGUGAGGGGAGAUUUAAUGGAGGUAUACAAAAUUAUGAGGGGUAUAGAUAGGCUUUUUCCACUGAGGGGUGAGACUAGAACUAGAAGUGUUGUGUUAAGGGUAAUGUUUAAGGGAAAACUUCUUCACUCAGAGGGUGGUGAGAGUGUGGAAUGAGCUGCCAGCAGAAGUAGUGGACGAGGCUCAAUAUCAACAUUUGAAAGAUGCUGACAUUGGAGAGGGUUCAGAUGGAACAGGUGUGGAGAGCUUUGGUCCGGGUGCAAAUCGAUGGGACUGGGCAGAGUAAUAGUAUGUCAUGGACUAGAUGGGCUGAAGGGCCUUUUUGGAACUGUAGUGCUCAAUGACUCAGCAGGUCAGGCAGCAUCUAUAGAGAAAGGCACAGAUAAUGUUUCCACUCGGAUCCCCUUCAUCAGAAAAUUUGGAAUGCUGUUUUGAAAAUUGAAUGGAUUCACUGUUGUCAUUAUGGAAGGAAAGCUUAUCCUAUCUGGUCUAUACGUGAGUCCGAUCUAACUGUCCAACCAAGCCAAUGGGUUCUCCUGUGGUUUCCAAAGACGGUUCCUCAUCAUCUUCUUGGGGGUGGCAAAGGGUGCGGAAUAGAUGCCCCCCAGUCCAUUAACCUGACAAAGAUGGCUGAAAAUGAUUGGCUCUCAGCAAAUGGAGCUCGGAGUUCAAUUCCAUAAGACCAUAAGAUACAGGAACAGAAUGAGGCCAUUCGGCCCAUCGAGUCUGCUCCGCCAUUUCAUCGUGGCUGAUCCAUUUCCCUUUCAGCUCCAGUCUCCUGUCAUCUCCCUGUCUCCCUUCAUUCCCUGACUGAUCAAGAAUCUAUUAACCUCUGCCUUAAAUAUACUGUACCUGAUGACUUGGCCUCCACAGCCACCUUUGGCAAUGAAUUCCACAGAUUCUUCACUCUCUCUGGCUAAAGAAAUUCCUCCUCAUCUCUGCUCUGAGGCUGUGUCCUCUGGUCUUAGACUCCCCCACGAUAGGAAACAUCCUCUCCACAUCCACUCUAUCGAGACCUUCCAACAUUCAGUAGGUUUCAGUGAGAUCCCCCUCAUUCUUCUGAAUUCCAGUGAGUACAGGCCCACAGCCAUAAACAAUCCUCAUAUGAAAGUCUUUCAAUCUUGGAGUCAUUCUCAUAAACCUCUUCAAUGUCAGCAUAUCCCUUCUUAGAUAAGGGGCCCAAAACUGCUCACAAUACUCCAAGUGAGGCCUCACCAGCGCUUUAUAAUGCUUUAUAGUCCUCUGGAAAUGAGUGCUAACAUGGCAGUUGCCUUCCUCACCACCAACUCAACCUGUAAGUUAACCUUUAGGGAAUCCUGCACAGGGACUCCCAGGUCCCUUUGUACCUCAGAGUUUUGAAUUUUCUCACGUUUAGAAAAUAGUCUCUGCUUUUUAUUUCUUCCGCCAAAGUGCAUGACCGUACACGUCCCAGCAAUUUCGGAGUUUGGUUCCGCGAGGAGUCUCCGUACGUCCUCCCCGUGGAAUGCGUGGGUUUUCUCCGGGUCCUCUCACGGUCCGAGGUCGUGCCGGGUCAGUUAAUUGGUCAAUGUAAAUUGUCCCAUGAUUAAGUUAGGGUUAGUUGGAGUUGUGGGGGUUGCUGGGGGGGGGGGGCAGGACGGCUCGAAGGGACAAAAGGGCCCACUCCGUGCAGAACCGCUAAAUAAAAUAGCGCCGAUGGUGAAGCUGGAAAUCCGGCAGCUGCAGUAACGCUGUGGGUGGGCCGAUGAGACACUUGGACGGAUGAGAAGACCCCAGUGCUGGACAGUCCUCGCUCUAUGUCGCACACAGGUUUGUGGCCCGGCACAGGGGCAGGCUCUGCGAGUGCACUUUCUGGUACUGGCCACUUCUCGGCAGCACGGCGUCGGAGCCAAACGAGCCACCGUGCCGCAACUGAAAUGUUAGCGUUGUGAUUUGACCGGGAGGUUCCUGUAACGCUUCACUCUGCUGUUCAUUUGACUUAAAGGCAGCCACUCAAUUAAUCAGCUGUCAUCUUCUGCCAUUUGCUGGCUCUGAAUAUUUAAAGGGGUCUCAAUAAUACUGCAUGGGGUCAAAUAGCAAUUUCAUAAUACAUGCUUUCUUUCUGUCGCACUAUUGUUCCACGGUAGCCUAGUGGUUGGCGCAAUGCUAUUAUAGUUUGGGGCGUCGGAGGUCGGAGUUCAAUUUCGACAUCAUCUCUAAGGAGUAUUCACGUAGAAUGCGUGGGCUUCCUCCGGGUGCUCCAGCUCCCUCCGACAGCGCAAAGGCAUUCUAGUUUUGAGAUUAAUUAUUCAUUGUAAAUUGACCUUUAAUUAGGUCUGGGUUGAAUCAGGGGUUGCUGGGGCGACACGGCUCGGAGGACCAGAAGGGCCUUUUGCACACUGUAGCUCUAAAUAAAAAUAAAAAUCUGCCUCAAAACUCUUGUGGUCAACUUGUACUCUGUAAUGGUAACACACACACACACCCAAUUGAGAUUGCAGAAUUGUAGAAAUAUACAGCCCACAUGGGCUGUCUAACUACACGUUGAAUCUUGACUCUUUAACUACACAUUCUAGUGUAAAUAUAGCUACAGCCAAACUGAGACGUUUACACAUUUCUCGCACUUUCUUCGUUUUUGAAAGGGAGAAUAACUCUACUCCUGAGUGAAUUCCACAACUGUCCAGCUCUUGGCUCCAUCCCUCCCCCUCCUGGCUUCUCCUAUCAUUUUGGAUCUCCCCCUCCCCCUCUCAAAUCUCUUACUAGCUCUUCCUUCAGUUCAUCCUGAUGAAGGGUCUCAGCCCGAAGCGUUGCCUGUACCUCUUCCUAGAGAUGCUGCCUGGCCUGCUGCGUUCACCAGCAACUUUGAUGUGUGUUGCUUGAAAUUCCAGCAUCUGCAGAUUUCCUCGUGUUUGCAUCCAACCAUCGAAUGCGUUCUUGACCAGGUACUGAAAACCAACUGGCUGGAGUGUUCGAGGUCACCUUCAACCUCUCCCUGCUGUGGUCUGAAGUUCUCGGCUGAUUCAAUCAUACCAGUGCCCAAGAAGAGCAGGGUGAACUGCCUGAGCGACUGUUGCACCAUAGAAUUCGCAUCUACUGUGAUGAGGUGCUUUGAGAGGUUGAUUAUGGCUGGAAUUAACUCCUGCCUUAACAAGGGCAUGGACUCUCAGCAACUUGCCUGUCACUGCAACAGGUCAACAGCAGACGCCGUCUCACUUGCUCUCCACUCGGCUCUGUAUCUAGACAACAGCAAGACAUACCUCCGGCUGUUAUAUGUUGGUUACCGUUCAGUGUUCGUCCCUCAGUAUUAAUCAUCAGACUUCAAAACUUGGCCCCCUCUGCAACUGGAUCCUCGACUUCAAGGUUCAGGAUUCCGGGUACUUUUAUUAUCAAAGUAUGUUUGCAACUCUGAGAUUUGUCUUCUCCAGAUAGCCAUGAAUCAAAGAAAACCACGGAAGCUGUUCAGAGAAAAACAUCAACCCCCCCCACACACACACACACACACAUACGAAAAGCAAAAUCAAAUCAUACAAAUGGCAACAAGAUCAUCAACUCCCCCCCGCGCGCAAAAAAAAUCACGCAAACAGCGACAAGGCGGCAAGUGUGAUGUUAGCAUUCAUUUCAAGAGGACUAGAAUGCAAAAGCAAGGAUGUAACAUUGAGACUUUAUAAAGCACUGGUGAAGCCUCACUUGGAGUAAUGUGAGCAAUUUUCUGCCCCUUAUCUUUGAAAGGAUGUACUGGAACUGGAGAGGGUUCAAAGGAGGUUCACGAAAAUAAUUCCAGGACUGAACGGCUUGUCAUAUGAAGAGCGUUUGAC